GACGACCGAAGAAUAUUCACUUUUUCACAGUCGCCAAGUGUAGUUCGCAAAAGUUCGCGCGCGUUCCGUGAAUCUUCCAAACGAAUCCCACACCCGGCCCGGUUCCCCUGAAUUAUUGCAACGGUCGCCAAGUGAUCUCACCGUCCUGUGAAAAAUUUUAUUGAAAAAAAACAACAAUAAAUAAUCGCCGAAAUGGGUAAGACACCGGCCGUAGGAAUCGAUCUUGGAACCACCUAUAGCUGUGUUGGAGUGUGGCAGCAUGGAAAGGUCGAGAUCAUUGCUAACGAUCAGGGCAAUCGGACCACGCCGUCCUACGUGGCGUUCAACGAUACGGAACGAUUGAUCGGAGAUGCGGCAAAAAAUCAGGUCGCAAUGAAUCCGAAGAACACCGUUUUCGAUGCCAAACGGUUGAUUGGACGCCGAUUCGACGAUCAGAAGAUCCAGGAGGACAUGAAGCACUGGCCCUUCACGGUGGUCAGCGACGGGGGCAAACCGAAGAUCCAGGUUGAGUUCAAGGGUGAGACGAAGCGCUUUGCCCCGGAAGAGGUCAGCUCGAUGGUGCUGACCAAGAUGCGUGAGGUGGCCGAGGUCUAUCUGGGCGGGACGGUGUCCGAUGCUGUGAUCACGGUGCCGGCCUACUUCAACGAUUCCCAGCGGCAGGCCACCAAGGACGCGGGUGCAAUCGCCGGUCUAAAUGUGCUGCGGAUCAUCAACGAACCGACGGCGGCUGCCUUGGCCUAUGGAUUGGACAAAAAUCUGAAGGGCGAGAAAAACGUGCUGAUCUUCGAUCUGGGCGGCGGAACUUUCGACGUGUCGAUCCUGACCAUCGACGAGGGUUCCCUGUUCGAGGUGAAAUCCACGGCCGGAGACACCCAUCUGGGUGGCGAGGAUUUCGACAACCGGCUGGUGAACCAUUUUGCCGAGGAGUUCAAGCGCAAGCACAAGAAGGACAUGAGCGGAAAUAUCAGGGCGCUGCGUCGGUUGCGAACGGCUUGUGAGCGCGCCAAGCGUACGCUUUCUUCGAGCACCGAGGCUUCGUUGGAAAUCGAUGCGCUGCAUGAGGGCAUUGAUUUCUAUUCGAAGAUUACGCGGGCACGCUUCGAGGAGCUGUGUAUGGAUUUGUUCCGUUCGACGUUGGCUCCAGUUGAGCGAGCCCUGGGCGAUGCCAAGCUUGACAAGGGCGCCAUUCACGAUGUAGUUUUGGUAGGGGGAUCGAUUCGUAUUCCUAAGGUUCAGAAGAUGCUGCAGGACUUCUUCUGUGGCAAGGCACUGAACUUGUCGAUCAACCCGGAUGAAGCCGUAGCUUAUGGAGCUGCAGUUCAGGCGGCCAUUUUGAGUGGUGACGGAAGCUCCCAGAUUCAGGACGUUUUGCUUGUUGAUGUUACUCCCCUGUCCUUGGGUAUCGAAACUGCCGGAGGAGUGAUGACCAAAAUCAUCGAACGCAACUCGCGUAUCCCUUGCAAGCAACAGCAAACUUUCACAACUUACAGCGAUAACCAGAACGCUGUUUCUAUCCAGGUGUUUGAAGGUGAACGGGCCAUGACCAAGGAUAACAAUCUGCUCGGAACCUUCAACUUGACCGGUAUCCCACCGGCACCACGUGGCGUUCCCAAGAUCGAAGUUACUUUCGAUCUAAACGCUGACGGCAUUUUAAAUGUCUCAGCAAAGGAUAACAGCACCGGCAAAUCGGAAAAGAUCACAAUCAAAAACGACAAAGGUCGGCUGUCCAAAUCCGAGAUCGACCGGAUGCUGUCGGACGCCGAAAAAUACCGCGAAGAGGAUGAACGUCAACGGGAACGCAUCGUGGCCCGCAAUCAACUGGAAGGUUACAUCUUCAACUGUAAACAGGCCGUGGAGGAUGCACCCUCCGGAAAGCUGUCCGAUUCCGAUAAGCAAUCGGUGAAGGAUAAGUGUUCCUCGGAAAUGUCCUGGUUGGAUGCAAACACGCUGGCUGAGAAGGAGGAAUUCGAACACCACCUAAAAGAUUGUCAGAAGGUUUGUGGCCCUAUUAUGGCCAAGCUUCAUCAGGGUGCUGGCGGAGACGGAUCUGGAUCUGCAUCCGGCGGAAAAGGACCAACCGUUGAGGAAGUUGAUUAAGAUUAAACUAUCAAACUAGUUUUACUCAAGUUAAUUAUAACCUAUGUACUAUUUAUACCGACAGCUUUAAAGAUGCCCCGAAUAGAAAAAAAACUAGAACUAACACAUCACUAACCCCGACCCCCGAUCAACCGUCUUCUACGGUUGACCAGCGUGCGCCGAUUUAGAGUGUUCUGCUAAACGCAAAAUUUUUUCUAUAAUGUGCAUUUAUAAUGAGCGAAAUAAAGCCACUAAAACGCAACGAUUGAUAUGUGUACCUAUAA